GGAACGCUGAACGCCAUCCUCAAGUCAGAGACAGAUACAGAGACUUUAACGGGGCUGGGGCGACUGGGCUGUCCACCUGCUCCCCGCUCAGAAUAUUUACUUGAUGGUAACCCGAGCCCGAGGAUGGUUCUGUCCCAUCAGGACUCAGGUGACACGUUACAGACUGGCAAUGAUCUGCCCUGUUCAUACGCUACAGGGACAGAGAUGAUACCUGGUGACAUGACUGUGGGCUUAGAUACACAGACUAAUCCAAUGGGAGCGGACUGGAACCAGUACAGUAGUAGUGUAUAUUCUGAAGGGUUCCUAGAUAAGAAAGGCGAGGGUCUGGUCGUAGAUGAGGUGACUGUGAAAGUGGAGGGCGAUGCUCCUCUGACAUGGAAUGCAGACGAGACUCACUUAGGAAAACAGGGAAACACCAGUGACUUCUUAGACCACAGGGAAAGCUUAGAGACAAAUCUAAAUGUCGCCACCCACUCACCUUUACACGCACUCAGGGAUCGCGACCCAGUGUCCACGUCCUUGGCACCAUCCGAUUCACACAGCAGCGUCUUUUUCGAUCAGGUAUUGAACUCAAAGGACCAAAGGGCCAAGGCUCAGGGAGGGGGAGCAACAACAGGCGGUAAAGAGAAGCGGUUCCUCUGCAUGUUCUGUAACAAAGGCUUCAGCUGCCCUCAGAAGGUGGAGAUCCACCAGAGGGUCCACACAGGGGUGAAACCCUUCAAUUGUACCCAGUGUCACAUGCGCUUCGCCCAGGCCUGCAACCUGAAGAGGCACCAGAGGGUCCACACAGGGGAGAAACCUUACAGCUGCCCCCAGUGUGAGAAGAGGUUCUCCCACCAGCACCAUCUGAAGAUGCACCUAAAUGUUCAUACGGGAGAAAUGCCAUUUGCCUGUACGUACUGCGGAAAGAGGUUCUCAGAUAGGAGCUACCUCAGGAUACAUCAGCAGAAAAACCAUUCCACUCUAUAACAUAGGAAGUAACCAUUCCACUCAUUAGCUUCUGACAUUUAGAUCAAACCCUGCAUUAAAAACAGAUGAAUUUUCAGUGUUGUCAGCAGGAAAGAUCCACAGAUACCUUUGGAAUAAUGAGAGUAACAGAUUUCAGUGUUGAAUAUUCCUGGGUAGAAUAUUGCAUCCAGACAUUGUGUGAUAUAUUUAAGCAUAACAAGUCUGUUACAUAUUGUGUUUGUACUGUGUAGGCUAUAUGUUGUUCACAAAUGCUUAUUUCUUUGAUCCAUUCAACUACUUACACUGAACAAAAAUACAAGGGCAACAAUUUCCAAGAUUUUACUGACUUUCAUAUAAGGAAAUCGUUCAAUUUUAAAUAAAUAAAUUAGUCUAUGGAUUUCACAUGACUGGGCAGGGGCGCAGCCAUGGAUUGGCCUGGGAGGGCAUAAGCUCACCCACUGGGGAGCCAGGCCCAGGUAAUCAGAAUUAGUUUUCCCCCACAAAAGGGCUUUAUUACAGACUGAAACACUCAUCAGUUUCAUCAGCUUUCCAGGUGGCUGUUCUCAGACUAUCCCGCAUGUGAAGAAGCCAGAUGUGGAGGUCCUGGGCUAGCAAUGUUUACACGUGGUCUGUGGUUGUGAGGCCAGUUGGACGGACUGCUAAAUUCUCCAACAUUGGAGGCGGCUUAUGGUAGAGAAAUUAACAUUUAAUUAUCUGGCAACAGCUCUGGUUGACAUUCCUGCAGUCAGCAUGCCAAUCGCACUCUCCCUCAAAAAUGUAGACAUCUGUGGCAUUGUGUUGUGUGACAAAACUUCACAUUUUAGUGGCCUUUUAUUGUCCCCAGCACAAGGUGCACCUUUGUAAUGAUCAUUCUGUGUCAUCAAAUUCUUGAUUUGCCACACCUGGAUUAUCUUGGCAAAGGAAAAAUGCUCACUAACAGGGGAUGUAAACACAUUUGUGCACAAAAUUUGAGACAAAUAAGCUUCGUGUGCAUAUGAAACAUUUCAGGGAUCUUGUAUUUCAGCUCAUGAACCACGGGACCAACACAAGUUGAGUUUAUAUUUUUGUUCGGUGUGACAAAAUUGCCACCAGAGACUCUAUAUGUAUAUAUGUGUGGUUUUCAUAUGGUGUAUUCAAAAUGUUUAUUUUUAAUGAACACAAAAUGGGACUUUUCGUUCUAAGAGUUUCAACGAGGCUCUCUUUAGCAGUUGUGGAAAAAGUACCCAAAUGUCAUACGAAAUGUUAGCGUGCACUGCGCCCGGCCCACCACAGGAGUCGCUGGUGCGCGAUGAAACAAGGAUAUCCCUACCGGCCAAACCCUCCCUAACCCGGACGACGCUAGGCCAAUUGUGCGUCGCCCCACGGACCUUCAGAUCGCAGCCGGCUGCGACAGAGCCUGGGCGCGAACCUCUGGUGGCACAGCUAGCGCUGCGAUGCAAUGCCCUAGACCACUGCUCCACCCGGGAGGCCCCAAAUGUCAUACUUGAGUAAAAGUAAAGAUACCUUCAUAGAAAAUGGCUCAAGUGAAAGUCACCCACUACUUGAGUGAAAGUAUUUGGUUUUAAAUAUACUUAUGUUUCAAAAGUAAUUUACAAACAAAGCAUGUAUUUAGUGCUUCCACCAGAUCAAAGGCAGUAGGGAUGACCAGGGACGUUCUCUUGAUAAAUGUAGGAAUUUGGCAAUUUUCCUGUCCUGCUAACGAGUACUUUUGGGUGUCAGGGAAAAUGCAUGGCGUUAAAGUACAUUCUUUUCUUUAGGAAUGUUGUGGAGUUAAAGUAAAAGAUGUCAAAUAUAAAUGGUAAAGUGCAGAUAAGCAAAAAAUCGCCCGCGCAGUCAUGGGUGAACAGGGAGUAUAGGAGGGAACUAAGCACACACCCCUGAGGGGCCCCCGUGUUGAGGGUCAGCGUGGCGGAUGUGCCUACCCUCACCACCUGGGGACUGUCCGUCAGGAAGUUCAGGAGAGGGGAGAUGUUCACAAUAUACAGUGCAUUCGGAAAGUAUGUUUUCUUAUGUACUUUACACCACUUCUUUAGUAUACAAUCACAUCUGAUCUCACCCUAUUCUGCAUACACCCAACAGCACUUUAUAACCAUUACACAUAAGGCCUACUAUAUAUACCUACAAAUCAAAUGUUAUUUGUCACAUUAAAUGUGCUUUGUAAAUAAAAGGUGUAGACUAACA